AUGUCCAUCAUCGCCCUCGUGAUCCAAAGCAUCAUUUCCCCCGUGUUGGCUUAUUAUCUACGAAUCUGGCGGCUCUUCAUCAUCGUUACAGUACUCCAUCCAAUCGCAUACUUCAGGGUUCCUCUCUUGGUCUUCUUACCAGGCCAACUCAUCUAUGUCGGUAUCUAUGCUUGUUUGAUCGUUCGCAAUAUCCUGUCCAUUAUCGACUAUCCUAUCCUCUUGGUCCUCAUCAAGCAAGCCAGUCCCUCGGAUUCUAUCAUGGGUAAAAUCAAUGGCCUCGCUGCUUCCGCUGGGGCUGCGUCUCGAGCUCUCGCUCCUCCGAUUGCUGGCUUGCUUUACAGUUCUAGGGCUAGGAUUGGCUGCGUGGUAGGGGAGUAG